CGCACUCUUCAUAGUUAUGAACACUGUCGCUUUACUUUAAUUUCGUGGCGCAAUCCAUCUCCCACCAAUGAUGCCCAAUACUUGGCUGCGUACCUACAGUCGAACAUUACUCUUGAAUCGUUCGAUGCAAAGCUAGCCACAUCGUUUCACAUGAUAUAGAUAGCGGUUAUAAGUGACAUUGGCCUUAGAUUCUCGUAAGGGGUUAGGUGCAGGGGCACUAUGUUUGGUGCCCGACGCCAUUACAGCGCGAGACUUCGUCGUAAAGUAGAAACAAUGGCCUCAAAUAUUCAAUCGGGCGGUGUAAAUAGAGCGCAACAGUUUUCGACCUCGCCUGACGGGCAAACCGUCGCUAGCGCAGUUCGAGUUGCUAGUGCUGCCACUCCUGGCAAUGGUGGUUCAGCACAGAGCCUUGCAAGUGGCUCGGCGCAUUCCCAGUUGUUAGAGGAGCAGCUUGGCGGCUCGGCGGCAGUGGUCGAGCGAACCAACGGAAAAAUGGGAAAGGCCCGCGGAGCAACUUCCGCAGAGGAAGGUCGCUUGCAGCGCACCGAGUCAUGGUUUGGACAACGGACAUGGGCAAGCAUGCCCGCCCCGCCGGUAACUGCAAGGUUACCCACAUCGGCGGGGAUGGCAUCUACCAAUCCAACAAACUCCUGUGUAGCGCACAUGGAUAGCGCUAAGAGCCAUCGAUCAGACGUUGCAGCCAGCUCAUCGGCGUCACCGCAAAUGUGGAGCUUUUCCGUUAUGUGCUAUAACAUUCUUGCUGAUGCGUAUGCCCAAUACUUUGCGAACAAGCUGUACCGCGACGUGCCGCGUCCCUGCCUGGAGUGGUCGGCUCGGCGGGCGCUGCUGCUAGCGGAAAUCCGGCACUGGUCCCCGGAUGUGGUGUGUCUGCAGGAGGUGCAGCACUACUCGGACCUGGAGCCGGAGAUGCGGGCUGCGGGGUACGAGGGGCACUUCGAGCGCCGCCCGGGCAGACGCCGCGACGGCUGCGCUACCUUCUGGCGUGCCGACCGGCUGCGUGCCUGCUGGGUUCGCCGGCUGGACUUUGCGCCGCUGGGCCUGGAUGACAACGUGGCACUGCUGCUCAGCCUGGCACCGCGGGCUGGCGAGGGAGGCAGCGAGGGGGCGGGCGGCGGCAGCGGAGCAGCAGCUGGGGAGGUGGCGACGCAGGCAGCAGCGGAGGAGAACUGCAGCCCCCAGUCCCAUGCGUCCCUGUCCGCUGUGCGGCUGCUGGUGGCUACCACCCACAUCACCUUCGACCCCGCCAAGGGCGACAUCAAGCUGGG